UCCGGGUUUUGUGGUUCUCCGGCUGAGCGGAGAAGCUCACAUCCUCUUCCUUUGUGUUUGAACGCUGUUGAGUGUUUUCUGUGUUACCGGGAAAGCGGGAGAUAAACGUUUCUGUCCGCUACUUUCAUAGUCUACUCAUGUCUUUGGGAGUAGAACCCGAUUUAUCUAGCGAUGAGUUGUUUAUCAGCCGGUUUCCCAUCCACCGCGCUUGUCGGGAUGGAGAUGUUGGAGCACUGGUCUCACUGUUAAAGCAUUUCUCAAACCAGGCUCUUCUGACUAUUGAGGACGCCCGCUAUGGUUGGACCCCCAUACACUGGGCUGCUCACUACGGACAGCUCGAAUGCGUGGUGCGCCUGGUGCAGAUGGGUUGUGAGGUGAACACGGUGACCAGCCGCUUCAACCAGACACCAAUACACACUGCAGCAUUUGGAGGACAUCCUCACUGUGUGGUGUGGCUGACACGGGCCGGAGCUGAUGUCAACCGACAGGAUUUUGUAGGGGAGGCCCCAAUCCACAAGGCAGCUCGGUCAGGUAGCUUGGAGUGUAUCCAGGUCCUUUUGAUAGCAGGUGCUAAACCACAUUUAAGGAAUGCUAGUGGGCAGACUGCAGCAGACCUGGCCCACGCGCACGGCUUCCAUGAAUGUUUCUGCUUCAUUUCCAAAACUCCACUCAAUGGACUCGAAGCGAAUGGCGUGCAGAAUGCAAACAGCGCCCCGUGUGGUCGGGACUUGUUGAGCAGGAAGAGGCUGCUGACUGCCCUGGACACCGGUCACAUGAAGAAAGCCAGGAGAGUUGAUAAUGUGUUGGUGCAGAUGCAAAGUAGUGGAGGUGAGGAGUUGGAGAGCAUUAACAUGGAGUCUACAGAGGAGCUCAACUCAGCAGAUGACACCAAAGCCACCACCAAUGGCCAUCAACAAACACUGCCUUAUGCUGACAAGGAUGAGUCACCCAAAAGCCACUCCUCACCUUCCUCCCCUCUAGCCAUGUGUGGUUCGCUGCAUUUGACCAGUAGUCCCAGCAGCUCCGUGUCCCAUCGGCCGGCCUGGUGGGGUCCGAUGGGUGCAGAUUAUGCGGACUUCCUGCAUUACGGACACUACCAUGGCUUUGGAGACACAGCAGAGGAGCUGAGUUACAGCAACAGCAUCUAGGCUGAGCACAGACACAAGCAAGGUGUGUGCAAGCACCGUGCACCUGUACCACGGAUCAUGAAGACACGGGGUUAGCCUUCACAGCCAGCCUCCUGGAGACGGGAGUGGCUUUAAUCUCCAAUAUGCUUUCUUUUAACUUGCUUUGGAGAAUAAUCUGACAUGGGAAAUUUGCUGCAAAACCCAGAGUAAUCACAAAUAAAAACAUCCUGUGCUAAGUGUAUACGUUAUGUACCUUGAAAUUAUUGUUAUAGCAUUUAAACUAAUUUACAGGUGGUAUGCAACUCAGCACAACUGGCUCUGGAUGUGAUGGUGUUAACAGCUUUACUGGCUGGACAUGAAUUUUUCUCUCACCAGCCUCCAAUAUGUCUACAUCCGUCAGGAACACCCCAGGUGCUCAUGUUGCAUUGUGGAAAAAAAAACAAACUGCUUAUGUAGUGUUGAGG